AUGUUUCUACCAACUACCAAAGAUCCUGUUAGCGAAGAUAAAAAGAAUAAUGAUGUCAUUGUUAAUGACAGUUAUCGAUUAAUGAUUCGUGCUGGAUUAAUACGACAGUCAUCCUCAGGGAUUUAUUCCCUUUUACCGUUUGCGUUACGUGCACUAGAAAAAUUGGAAAAAAUAAUUGAAUAUGAAAUGGUUAAUAUUGGUGCACAGAAACUAUCGUUACCAAAUCUUUUGAGUGCCGAGCUAUGGAAACAAACGGGUAGAUGGGAAACGGCAGCUAGUGAACUUUUUCGACUUCAAGAUCGAAAAGAAUCUGAUUUCUGUUUAGCGCCAACUCACGAAGAAGAAAUUACACGUUUAGUUGCACAUGAAGUUUCGUCGUACCGGCAUCUUCCUUUACGAUUAUUUCAAAUUGGUAGAAAGUAUCGAGACGAGAUGCGUCCACGAUUCGGUCUAUUACGUGGUCGCGAAUUUAUUAUGAAGGAUUUGUAUACUUUUGAUACGAGUGAAGAAACCGCGUUGCAGUCUUAUGAACAGGUUUUGGAGGCUUAUAAAAGAAUUUUUGGAAAGAUUGGAUUACCGUUUGUUAUAGUGGAAGCAGAUCCUGGAAAUAUUGGUGGCACUCGUUCACACGAAUUUCAAUUUCUAUCAAAAGCUGGCGAAGACACAAUAUUAACAUGUUCCAAAUGUGGAUAUAGUGCCAACGAAGAAAAGGCAAUAGGAGUUCUUCCUCACCCACCAGACGCUUCAUCCUCUCUCGACAAAGAUUCGUCAAUUCGAUUCGGGAUAACCGAGAAUAAAAAUUUGGCGAUAAUUUUAUUAGGUCCUGAACGCGAAGUUAAUUCUAUCAAAUUAAGAUGGGGUAGCGGAGAUCAUGCCGUGAGAAUUGUGGAUCCUGUUCGAGCUUACAAGUUAAUAACUAUCGAUGAUAGCGAACAAGAUCCGGUCGUACAUAUAUUUAAAGACCAUACAUUUACUGGACCGAUUAAUGAUGAACUUUUCACAAUCUCGCGAGACCAUAUAACCAGUGAUAUUCUGAAAAAAGUCACACCAAGAUUAAAAAAUUUGGGUGUUCAUCAUCAUCCUCAUAACAUUAGCAUUCAUAGCGGUGAUUUUCACAACACUAAACAAGGGGAUGGGUGCCCGAAAUGUGCACUACAUUUUCAUUCUAUUGCACCGACACACAAUUUCGAGCCGUUAACAAGCAACCGAGCAAUCGAGGUAGGUCAUACUUUUCUACUUGGGGCUAAAUACUCUCAGCCAUUACAUGCGACAUUCGCCCCAGAAAAUCCCACGACACCAGGUGAACGCCGCCUAAUCCAAAUGGGAUGUUUCGGACUAGGAUUAACGCGCAUGCUCGCAGCAAUUAUUGAAAUAUCACAUGAUUCGUUGGGUAUCGUGUGGCCGAAAAAUAUUGCACCCUAUUGUGUUUGUAUUAUUCCCGGAGUCAGGGAAGAGAAAGUGGUUGAGGCUGUUAAUCGAGCUUUUGAUUUAUUGAGCACACAACGAACAACAACUGAUUUGGGAAUAGCAGGAGAUGAUGUUGUGAUUGACGAUCGUGCUGGGUCUUUGGGUUAUCGAAUGAAAGACGCCGAAUUAAUUGGAUACCCAUGGAAUAUUGUAUUGGGUAAACAGUUUUUGGAAACGGGAAAAAUGGAAAUACAUAAACGGAAAAUAGGCGGCGUAGAUAAAUUUUUUGUGGAAAUGGAAAAAAUCUGUAACUUUAUUGGUGAAUCUUCACAAUCUUCGAGUUAA